AUGGGCUGGUUUUGGGCAGAUCCGAAUACACAACAAAAUAAGAGCUUAUGGAAAGCCUCAUCCGCUACCGCAAUAAGUGGACAAUGCCCUGUAAUGCAUGAGAGGAAAGAAGAAUCCAUUAGUGCAUGUCCGGUCAUGCGUGAAAGGAAAGAGGAGCCCGUCAGUGCAUGUCCUGUAAUGCGUGAAAAGAAACAAUCAGAUUUGAAUCCUUUAAAUAAUAUACCAUUCAAUUUAUCCUCUGAAAGGCAUGAUCAACAAGCAAUAGAGCUCCCUACAGAACGUAUGAUUUCAACGAUACCUAGAGGCACAAAGAAAAAAGAAUAUUGGGAAUAUCCAUCCCCACAACAAAUGUAUAACGCCAUGAUCAAGAAGGGUAAGAUUGAUUCUAACACCGGCGAAGAGAUACCGGAAGACGCCGUAGAAUCAAUGGUUUAUGUUCAUAAUCUUUUAAAUGAAGGCUCUUGGGGUGAAAUUCUUAAAUGGGAACAACCUCAUACCAAGGAAACCCUCAUUGAACCUAAGUUAUUAAAAUUUACUGGACGACCAGAUAAAUUGAGUCCCAGGGCAAGGUGGCAUCAUUUUUUAUCUAAUAUUUUCCCCUCUUAUUAUUCGAAUGAGCUCCCCUUUGAUAGACAUGAUUGGUUUGUUCUUAGAGGUGAUCCAAAUUCAACUUAUUUGGACGAUGAAGGGAAUGAAAUUUCAGGUUAUAAGAGAAUCCGUUAUGUUUUAGAUUUUUAUGGUGCGCCAGAUGAUGAAAAUGGGUUACCUACAUUCAAUAUUGAUGUCAGACCCGCCUUAGAUAAUUUCGAGAAUACAAGAGAUCGUUUCAAUCAUUUAAUGAGACCUGUUUUAGAUAAGUACUUUGGAUCAGAGAGAUCUAAAUAA